GUUGGUUUUUAUUUAUUUUGUUAAAAAUUGUAAGUUGUAAAUUUUAUUCUAUGUCCGAGAUCGUUGGUACUAUUUAUCGCCAAGAACCAAUAAGUUUUUGGAGUGAAUUUGAGUGUAAGCAUUUUGGCUGCCAUCAUCCGGCGCACGAGGAUUUCUUUAAAUCACAGUGGCAAAGGUCAGAGAAAUCGUACGGUUUUCUAAUAUACCGUUGGUUUUUGGCGAUCGUUUUCGGCAGUAUUUUCCUUGUACACAUUAUCAAAUACUUUGGAAAUGGAUACUGGUUCAUUUAUUUCACUCAUUGGGGAUUCACAUUAUGUGCCGUGACUACUCUAACUGGCGCUCUAUACGUAAGCACCUAUCAUGCAGCUCCAGCGAGAAUGACUCGUCAAACGGCCUUAAUUAAUAGCUAUUGGGUCAGUUCCAUCACCAAUCUGGUUAUUUCGUAUGCCAUUAACAUUUUGUAUUGGCUGACUGUUUUUCCGUACGAAAAAACCGGAACCAGGCCCCUCAAAGUGAGUAUGUUCUUUAAUAUAUGGUCGCAUGUACUGCCGUCGCUGGUGAACACAAUUGAUCACAUGAUUGUUGCACAUCCCACUCGUGUGUUCCAUUUCAUUUAUCCGGUUAUUUUCGGAAUGCUCUAUCUUCUGUUUGCAAUAACCUAUUAUUGCGUCGGCGCCAGAGAUCCCCUUGGCAGACGGUUUAUCUAUAAGGUCUUAGACUUUAGUUCUAAGCCCUUGCAAGGGGCCGUGACUGUGAGCAUGAUAAUAUGUAUCCUGAUGUCCCUAACGCUCCUGCAAUACUUCAUAUAUAGAAUGCGGGUCGGUAUUGCUCGCAAGACGAAAAGAUUGCAGUAGUCCAACCAUGUGUUGAGGCAAGUGAAUAAAUAUA